GUUGCUCUGCGCUGAAAGAUUCUAAGCCGCGGAGGUUGGCGUCGUGAUGUUGUGGCGAGACCCGGCUAGCUUAUGUCUAGUACUAUUGUCCCGCUCAGGAUGCAGCGAAAAGCGGAGGCGGCGGCGAGACGUCUCUGAAGCCUGUAGGCUCUGCGAUGAAGAAGAUUUUUGGCUUUGGGAGUAGGAAGGGCGAGUCGCCCCGGGGCUCCCUCACCAGCCGGAGGAGGGCCGGCGCGGGCGUCGGGCAUGAGAGUAGUGAUGGAGUCAACUCACGGCCCGGGUACCACCUCCGAGACGAGGAUCUCGGAAAGAUCCACAAAGCUGCCAGCGUGGGCAACGUAGCGAAAGUGCAGCAGAUUCUGUUGCUUGGGAAAAGUGGCUUGAAUGAUAGAGACAAGUUGAACAGAAGGAAGGACAGCAUAAGAAAAUCAUCAUUGACAAACAUCAUAAUAAUUGAUUCAAGCAAGAAUCAUCAUUGAGUGCUAAAUCUAGUGGGUGAAAUUUUGAGGAAUAACCAAAUACUUCUAACGUCUCGCAAUAUCUCCACACAAGAUAUUAUGAAAUACAAAGGGUAAAUAGUAAUUUUACUUUGGACAAACCCGGCAGACACUUCUUAACCAAAUGAUCAAAGUCAAUAUCGCAAGUAAUGGAACCAAGGCUGUGCCUCCAGAGUUGCUGCACUGGGAAGAACUCAGCAUCACUUACGUGACACUCCUGCCCAAAUGGCAUAAUCUAAAUCUA